AUGGACGCUUUUGAUGCGAUUCCAGAUCCUGUGGUCGUCGACAUUUUGAACAAAGUCUGUGACGUCAAAACGCUUAUACGGUGCCGUUCCGUGUCAAAACGAUUCCACUCGCUAGCCACUCAGUCUGACUCGCUCCUUCUCCAGCUCGAUCAAAUCCUCGGCGUCACCGAAUCGGACUCCGAGAUCGAUUCUCCGUUCGCUAGCUUCUUCCGAUCGCUGUUCAAGUCCAUUCACGGACUCCUCCCGAUCUUCUCCAGACCAGCUGACCCGGCCGAAAUCCUGACCCGAUCCCCGAAAACUCCGGCUCAGAUUCUCUCCCGAUUUGAACGGAUCCGGAAUCUGGAGGUGGAGUUAUACGGAGGCGAUGUCAAGCUCGAGAAAGGCGCCGCUGUUAAGUGGAAGGCGGAGUUCGGUGAAACUCUCAAGAGCUGCGUCAUCGUCGCUUUCCGUUCCGCGACGGUCAAUACUUCAGCUACGGAAUCCCCCGUCGACGGUGGCGUGGAGUCCGACUCAGAGUUCGUCUGUGGAUUGAAGACGCGCGUGGUGUGGACGAUCAGCGCGUUGAUGGCGGCGUCGACUCGUCAUUACCUGAUGAGAGAUUUGGUGAAAGAGCACAGAGAAAUGGAGAAUUUGACUGUGCGUGACAGAGACGGGGAAGGGACGGUGGUGAUGGACGCGGCGGGGAUGAAAGAGUACAGAGAGACGGAGGCGCUUGUGGAGGAGAAAGGCGUUGAGCGCGUGAAGGAACGCACGGUGGUCCCUAGCGUGAGGAUGAGUAUGAGACACGCGCCGUCGUUGAUUCUCAAGAGCGGGAUUUGUCUCGAAGCCGCGACGCUGGUGGUCGUAAGGCCGAGUGGUGUGACUUCCGAUGACGGCGACGCUGAGCUGGCGAUGGAGGCGUUCGCCAGAGACGGUGGUGACUGUAUGUACGGAGAAGCCGUUACGGCGUUGCUCAAGCGUAGGAGAAAUGUGUUAGAGAUGAAUUCUUUCUAG